AUGGUGAGGAAGCAUGGAUGGCAAUUGCCAGCACACACGUUUCAGGUUGUUGCAAUCACGGUGUUUUGCCUGUUGGUGAUAGCAUUCUAUGCUUUCUUUGCUCCUUUCCUCGGAGGCCACUUCUGGGAUUACACUCUGAUUGGCAUCUACUCUCCAGUGGUGCUCCUGGUUUUUAUUCUUUAUGUGCGGUGUACCGCAAUCAACCCAGCAGAUCCUGGCAUCAUGUCUAGAUUCAAUCCCCAUCAUAUAGCAGCUAACAGGAAUGCUAAAGAUCUACCCAGACGAUUCAAUGAAGCUGGGAGUGGAAUUCAUUCUUCCCCAUCUUCUAUGUCCAAAAGUUCUAUAGCUCCAGCCAACUCUAGCAGGCAAGGGUCAGUUGGAGAUAUCGGGAGAGUUGAUGAGGAACCACAAACCCACCAAAAAUCAUGCUCUAUUGUCGGUGGAAUCUUAUGUGCUGUGUUUGUUCAUGAAGAUUGUCGCAAGCAGGAAGGGCUUUCCGAGCAACAAGGCUCUGUUGAAGAUGCGUUGUUCUGUACAUUGUGCAAUGCUGAGGUACGCAAAUUCAGCAAGCACUGCCGCAGUUGUGAUAAAUGUGUUGAUGGCUUUGACCACCAUUGUCGGUGGCUUAACAAUUGUGUGGGCCAUAAAAACUAUGUGACUUUCAUUUCGCUUAUGGCUACAAGUAUUGUAUGGCUUGUUCUUGAAGUUGGAGUCGGGAUUGCUGUCAUGGUCCGUUGCUUUGCCCACAAGAAAAGCAUGGAUGCUGAAAUAGUUGAUACCCUUGGAAACGGAUUCUCUCGUGCUCCUUUCGCUACUGUGGUGGCUGUAUGUACCGCAGUUUCUAUUCUGGCCUGCAUACCCUUGGCUGAACUUCUCUUCUUCCACAUGAUAUUAAUUCGAAAGGGUAUUACGACUUAUGAGUAUGUUGUGGCAAUGAGAGCAAUGAGUGAGGGACCUGCGAAUAUGGAAGAGCAAUGGGGCAAUCUAGGCAACUCACCAACAGGAUCUGCAACAACAGGAUUUAGUGGUGGAAGUUCUCUAGGCCUGCAGUACAAGGGAGCAUGGUGUACCCCUCCCCGAGUAUUCGUUGAUUUACAGGAUGAAGUCAUACCUCACUUGGAUCCAGGAAUGGUCCCAUCAACGGUCGACCCUGAUGCAGCAGGAAAUGCAGACCAAGGAGGAAACAGGCAACCCAAAAGGCCCGUCAGAAUUAGUGCUUGGAAACUUGCAAAGUUGGACUCAAACGAGGCAAUGAAAGCCGCAGCAAAGGCAAGAGCAUCUUCUUCCGUUCUGAAACCAGUCGAGAACCCUCCAUAUCUUGAAGGAGGUAGCUCGAGUGGCAACAUGAGCAUCAGGAGUAGCCUCAGUACCGAAAUGGGUCCAAACAAGGAGUUAACGAGGGCCGAGCUGCGGUUACCCUCACAUGGUCAUUCAAUACCUCCUAGUCAAGGCAGUCGAGAUGAUUGUGAAACUGGAACCCACAGUGUUAGUAGCUUCAGCAGCCCUAGCCACAUCCAUGAGUCGGUAACCCUUAGCCCUCUGCCGCAAGGUCAUGCUCCUAGUUUCCUUCCUAGUCGGCCUAUGGCCUCCAAGGUGGCACCCCCUACAUCUGGAUUUGAUGAGAAGAUCGCGCAGAGGGGAAGUGGUAGUACUGCUGAUCCUUUGCUUCUUGGAGCACCGACAUCAUCAUCAUCUCUUCUCAGAGAGGUGAAGAGGACAUCUGUGGUAUGGGACCAAGAAGCAGGGAGGUAUGUAUCUGUUCCCGUGUCUUCGACUGAUGCAAAAAGCAGACCGGCCCCACAAAUUGGUGUGCCAACUUCAUCAUCAUCCGAGGCAAAACCAGCAGCAGUUCAGCAAGGGGAGAAGCUGAUGUACACAGGAGGUGACUCCAUUUUCUUCGGCGGUCCACUAUUGACUGGUCCAACCAUUAGAGGAGAAGGGUUGAGAAAUGAAGGUUCAAGAGACACCCACCACCAGCAGAGGCUAGCAUUGAACUUCCCACGUGAGUCGAGGUUCAGAAGAGAUGCAGUGUCGAAUCAGCUUCCUGUUUUCAACCCUGCUGGAUCAUCUGACCACCACCACCACAAUCCUUCAUCUUAA